AUGGAUUUGCAGGAAAUGAAGGGUGUCUAUUUUAGCUUUAGUGAUGAGGAUAUCCUUGAUGAUUUUAUUGGAAAGCUUUCUGUUGGUUUAGACCGGGAGAGUAUCAAAACCACCUAUUAUAUAAGGAGCGAGAAAUCAUGGAAUAAUCCGAAAGGGAAAGAAAUUGCAGGUUCACUUGAAAAUGGAAUCCGAAAAUCAAGCAUCUCGCAGGAAAUGAAUACGAAUGAUACUAGCCACCUUUAUGCUGGUUUAGGUCAGGGGAGUAUCACCCCUUUAGGGGCAAUAUUUGAAGAUUCAUAUGAGGACAACAUCCGAGAAUAUAGCAUUUCGCUGGUAAUUUUUUCGAGAAACUAUGCUUCGUCCGAUUGGUGUUUGAAGCAACUAGUUUAUGUACUCCAAUGCAGGGAGACAAAUAGGCAGAUUGUUGUGCCCGUGUUUUACCAUAUCGAUCCAUCGCUUGUUCGAAAACAGACUGAAAGUUUUAGAGAUGCAUUUUUGAAACAUGAAAAGAUAUUUAGGACCCAGGAAGUGAAAGCAUGGAAGGCUGCUCUCUAUGUAGCAUCUAGUCUAUGCGGAUGGCAUCCAAAGAACCCCAGGUCGGACGCUGAGUUUAUUGAGGAAAUUGUUGGAGAUAUUUUGAAAAAAAAACUACCCUCAAAUCUAAAUAUUUCGAUCCAUUCGCUUGGAUAUGAUCUCAGUCAUGAAUAUCUAAAUCUCUUCUUGCAAUUAGGAGUUGAUGAUGUUCUGGUAGUGGGGAUUGCUGGGGAAGCCACAAUGGGAAAGACUGUGAUGGCCCAAGCUCUUUUUGAUAGAAUUUUUCGUGCUUUUAAUGGCUGUAGCUUUAUAAGUGGUGUUGGACAGAAAUCAGCAACCACAGAAGGCGUAGUUCAAUUACAAAAACAACUUCUCUUUGAUCUACUAGGAGAGGAUAUCAACAUAACCAGUGUGACAAUAGGUGCGGCUGAGAUUAAAGAACGACUCUGUCGAAAAACGGUUCUGAUAGUUCUCGAUGGCGUCGAUGGACUGUACCAAUUGCUUGCUCUAGUUGGAAGCAGAAAUUGGUUUGGUUUAGGAAGCAAAAUAAUUAUAACAACUAGGAUGUUGCCUUUGCUUCAUGACUUUGGUGUGGAUCAAAUAUUUAUGGCUCAAGGCAACCCUCUGCCACUUGAUAUCCAAAAAAUCUGGGAGCCGUACCAGCAAAGUUGUCUCAAAAUUGCAGAACUAAAGGAAUAUAUACAAAGCUACGGUUACAAGACCGAUGAGACUGUGAAGUAUCUUGAAGAAUGUUUGAUCAGAGAACGCGAGAAGGGUGAAAUUCAGGCACAGAUGAUACGUGAGCUGAACCAUGCCUCUUGCUCUUGUGCAAUGCUAGAAGAUGUUGGAUCCAGCUCAAGCGUGCGUGAAGCUGAAGUAGUGGAUCCCGUGGCUGCAGAUAUUUAG